AUGCCACCUGCAGUUAUCGUUGGAUGUGUAUGGAUCGGUACGAUCGCUUUUAUAGGUAUCGUACUGCGCUGUGUAGCUACGUUUUAUUACGACAAGCUUUCACGUUCGAGAGGUCGAGCAUUAUAUUCAAAUAAUGCUUACAUUAAUGGUGGAACUGUUAUGGAAUAUGAUAUAAGCAAUUCAGUCUUUAUAUCGGCUACAUUUGCAAGUUAUUAUUAUCAAUAUGAUAAAUAUAAUGGACCAUUUAAUAUGAAACUUGAAUUCUAUCCAACAGCUGAUUAUGUUGUUCAUGGAGGAGGAAUAGAUGAUGUAGGUGCUUAUGUCAUAACUGGUAUUUAUUCACCAAGAACUCUUCGAAUGAGUUUGGAAAAACAGUACCAAGCUGGAACAGGAAAUCCAAAACUAAAUUUAGGUCAUAAAGUGACAAUACAAGUAGAAUGGAAUCAAAAUAAUCUACAGUUUGAAGGCAAAUAUUAUUUUCAAAAUAAACAGUAUUAUGAUGAAAAUAAAUUUAUAAUACGAUAUGAAGGCGCAAUAGAUGACAAUUCAUAUUCAAUUAACUCUGCAAUAUGGGUAUUAUAA